AUGAAGACAUGCUAUUAUGAGCUUCUUGGAGUCUCGGAAACGUGCUCAUCUACAGAGCUAAAAAAGGCGUACCGCUCCAAGGCUUUGCUGUACCAUCCAGACAAGAAUAGAGAUAACAUAGAAGAGGCUAAUGAGAAGUUUACGGCAAUUUCGCAGGCCUUUCAGAUUCUCAAUGAUCCACAAGAGCGCGAAUGGUAUGACUCGCACAAAAAUCAGAUAUUAAGAGAAGAUGAUGACAAGCCGGCAGGAGGCGAGCAGGAUGUCUCAGAGUUCUACUAUGGUUUGACCACAGAUGACAUACUGAAGUACUUUGACACCUCAAUAUAUACUAAGGCCACAUGGUUUGAAUCGCUGGGCUUGCUUUUCACGAGAAUUGCAGACGAAGAAGCUGAAAGCUGCAAUACACAGAAGUUGAGUGCUCCUUCGUUCCCCAAGUUUGGAUUGGCUUCUAGUGAUUACCAAACGGAAGUCAAGGCGUUCUACAAGGCAUGGUCAUCUUUCCAGACUCAAAAGACGUUUGCAUGGUAUGACGAGUAUAGAUAUUCUGCCCAACAAGACAGAAAGACUAGAAGACUCGUUGAAAAGGAGAAUAAGAAACUCAGAGACCAGGCCAAGAAAGACUACAACGAAACGAUACGACAUCUCGUCUCCUUUGUCAAAAAGAGAGACCAAAGAGUGAAAGAUGGUUUAAAACAGAUGGAGGUGUCGAGACAGAAAAAACUAGCCAAUAACGCUUCGAAGAAGUCCAAGAAGACAUCCGCGCAGGAGCAGUUUGAGUCUCAGGAUUGGCAGGAGAAUGACGAUUUGUAUCGCGAAAUAGAGCAGGCUUGGUUGGAGCAGGAGCUGUCACAACCAGUGGAGCAAGAUGAUGACGAUUUUGAGCAUUUCGAGUGCAUAAUCUGCAAUAAAUUCUUCAAAUCGCAGUCCCAGUUCAAGGCCCAUGAGAGUUCCAAAAAACACAUCAAGGCGUUCAAGCAACUGCGGUAUGAAAUGAGAAGGGAGGGGAUAGAACUGGGAAUAGAUACAAAUGGAUUUGUCGCUGAGGAAGAGGAGAGUGAGGAGUUUCUCACGGCUGACGAGGAAAUUUCCCAAAAGGAAGACGAAAAUGAGUAUUUAAGUGGGGACGAUUCAGGUGAAGGUGAGGACGACGAGGCUGAACUUGCGGAGACAUCAAAAGAUGAUCAAGAGCAAGACGAAACAGACGAUCUUUCUGAGCCUGUUUUUUCACAGGCAAAUGGUGGUGACAAACUUCAUCAUCCCGAUCAAUCUACAGAUGACCUUUCAGAUGACUCACCAGAAACCCCCCAGUUUGACCAAGACGUUGACGAAGAGAUUGACGACAAUAUCGACGAUGACAUAGACGAAGACUUGCUUGAAAUCAUAGAGUCGUUAAACCGAAAAGCAAAGAUAGAUGACGGCGAAGGGUCUGAUGAUGACUGGUCGAAUAAGAAGUCCAAGAGCAAAUCCAAGUCUAAGAAACCCCAGGAGGAGCCUGUACAAGCAAAAGGCAAAAAUAUUCCGAAGGAAAUCUGCAAUGUUUGUGGAACAACGUUUUUGUCGAGAAAUCAGUUAUUUCAACAUGUGAAUACCACGGGCCAUGCGUUGGCUGGAGGAAAGUCGAAGAAGAAGUCAAAGAAGUCGAAGAAGUGA